AUAAGUUUGACAGUUUUUAAUUGUAAAAUUACGCCAUGUUGGAAUUAUGUAUAUUAUUUCUAUCUUUAUCCAGUUUACACACACACGCGUGCGCAAUUUUUUAUUAUUAUUUUGUAUUUAUUGUUAUCAAAAAAAAAUAAAUAAAUAAAUAAUAAAUACAGUGAUUGUGUCAAACUAUAACCUUAAAAUUUUUUUACACGUCACACAAUAACACAACACCGUCAUCAUAAAUAAUGUAAAAAAAAAAAUAAAAAUAUUCACAGGUGUCUUAUCUAAAAACUGUAUAUCUAAUCAAUUUAUUUUCGAAAAAAAAUGGAGCUAUGCCAACUAUGUUGACAAUAAUUAACACGUGUAAUAAUUUUUAAAAUAUAAUUAAUAACAAUGACAAAGUGGAGCAUUAUUUUAUUAUUAACAUUAAUAAUUGGCUGUAUUGAGAGUACCCAUGACUAUCAAAUAAAAGAUUUAAAUAAUUUAAAAGAAGAAGUUAGAUCAAUGUUUAAUCAUGCAUACUCAAGUUAUUUGACUUAUGCAUAUCCAUAUGAUGAAUUACGUUCAUUAAGUUGUGAUGGUUUUGAUACAUGGGGUAGUUUUUCAUUGACAUUAAUUGAUGCAUUAGAUACACUAGCUGUUAUUGGUAAUUACAGUGAAUUUCGUCGUGUUGCUGAAAUUGUAUCAUCAAGAGAAAGCUUUGAAGCAAAUAUAAAUGUAUCAGUAUUUGAAACAAAUAUACGUGUUGUUGGUGGAUUACUAAGUGCUCAUUUAUUAUCAAAAAAAGCUGGUAUUAAAUUAGAACCUGGUUGGCCAUGUAAUGGACCACUUUUACGUCUUGCUGAAGAUAUGGGUAAACGUCUACUUGCUGCAUUUGAUACACCAACUGGUAUGCCAUAUGGUACUGUUAAUUUAAAAUAUGGUGUACCAGAAGGUGAAACAAGUAUAACAUGUACAGCUGGUAUUGGUACAUUUAUACUUGAAUUUGGUACAUUGUCACGUUUAACUGGUGAUCCUCUGUAUGAAGAAGUUGCUAUAAAUGCAAUAAAAGCAUUAGAUUAUUAUAAAUCAAAAAUUGGAUUAGUUGGUAAUCAUGUUGAUGUACUAACUGGUCAUUGGACAGCAACUGAUUCUGGUAUUGGUGCUGGUGUUGAUUCAUAUUUUGAAUAUCUUGCAAAGGGUACAUUACUAUUACAAGAUCCAUUUUUAGCAAAUAUAUUUCAUCGUCAUAAAGAGGCCAUUGAAAAAUAUGUUAAACGAGAUGAUUGGCAUUUAUGGGUAUCAAUGACUGAGGGACAAGUUACAUUACCAGUAUUUCAAUCACUUGAUGCAUAUUGGCCAGGUGUAUUAAGUUUAUUUGGUGAUGUUGAUAAUGCCAUGAAAUCAUUACAUAAUUAUCAUCGUGUAUGGAAACAAUUUGGUUUUACACCAGAAUUUUAUAAUAUUGCACAGGGUGAAGUUGGAACAAAUCGUGAAGGCUAUCCACUGAGACCAGAACUUAUUGAAUCAGUUAUGUAUUUAUAUAGAGCAACAAAAGAUCCAUAUUUAAUUAAAGUUGGUGUUGAUAUAUUAAAAAGUAUACAAUAUAGUGCUAAAACAAUAUGUGGUUAUGCAACAAUAAAUGAUGUUAGAGAUCAUCGUAAAUCAGAUAGAAUGGAAUCAUUUUUUCUUGCUGAAACAACAAAAUAUCUUUAUUUAUUAUUUGAUACUGAUAAUUUUAUUCAUAAUAAUGGACAAAAAGGUGAUAUUAUUAAUACACAAUGGGGACAAUGUGUUGUUAAUGCUGGUGGUUAUAUUUUUAAUACUGAAGCACAUCCAAUUGAUCCUGGUGCAUUGAGUUGUUGUCAAAUAAAUCCAAGUUUAUUUAAUGAUAAUUAUCAAAAUAUUAUUAACAAUAAACAACAACAAUCGAAUGAAGAAUUUAACAUUCAAAAAUUAAAUAAAUUAUCAGAAUUUAAAGAAAAAAUACGUGAAAGUAAUAAUGAUGCUAUUAAUAAUAAUGAAGCAAACCAAAGUCAAGUUGAUGAUUUAAAUGAUAUUACUAAUGAAAAUUCAUCUGUUAAUAAUAAUGAUGAUGAUAAACAUGAUAAUAAAAAUGAAAAUAUAAUAAAAGAAGCAAAAUUAAUACAACAAAAUACAACAAAUAAUAAUACAAAUGAAAAAAAAAUAUUUAUACCACAAAUAUUACUUGAAAAAAUACGUAAACAAAAUUUAUAUCCAAUUAAUAAAACAAUUAAUUUGGAUUAUCAAUUUUUAUCAUGUCAAUCACAGUCAUUUUUACAACGUAUAUCAAUUGUUGGUGAAUUUUUUUAGAACAAAUUAAUUAUUGUACAAAUGAAAAAUAAAUUAUUUUUAAAAUAUAUUCAUGUACAAAGUGUAUAUUUAUAAUUUUUAAUUAAUAUUGUUGAUAAUGAAGACAACUGUUUAAUAAAUAACGUCAUCAUAAAUAAA